UCUCCUCGUCUCAAACAACUACGCAGGCAAAAAGAAACAUUAUAUAAAUUCAAAGAUAAGUUAGCAAUUAAAAAGAUUAAUGCUCUAAUCAAAUCUGAAACCAAAAUCGUAAUGCUAUGUAUAACCAUACACUUUUAUCAUGCAAAUCUCCUAUCAGCUUGUGGAAACUUUUCAAUGAAAUCACUGGCAAUAGUAAGCGAUGCAAUGUUUUUCCCUCUUAUGAUGUUAAUGCUCUUAAUCUGUCUGUUAUACGCUCUCCUUCUACUAUAACCACUUCUAACGUUACUAAUCUUGUAGCUGAUAACUUUCAUGACUUUAAUACUCUUCAUCUUUUGAAAUGUCUCAAAACUCUUAAGCCCUCACGUAGCCUUGGCCCUGAUGGUGUACUUGCUUAUGUUCUAAAACAAUGUGCAGAUGCUUUAUGCUCUCCUCUAACUAAUAUCCUAAAUGCUUCUUUCUCCGAAAACGUUGUACCUGUUCCAUGGAAAGACAUUAAAAUAGUCCCUGUCCCUAAACCUGGAAAUAGGAAGAACGUAAAGUUCAGACCCAUUGCCAUUACUUCCCCGUUUCUAAAGCUCAUGGAAAAACUAGUACUUCUUAAACUUGAACCCUCCCUUAAAAGUUUUAAAGACCCAAAACAAUUUGCCUACAGUCAGGGUAGGAGUACUUUAGACGCUGCAGCCGUCUUACACAACAGUAUUGUCUCAUCAUUAGACAAAGGUGCCAAAUAUGUCCGCUGCACGUUUCUUGACUUCACUUCUGCUUUUGACUCUGCACCUAG